CUUUCUUUCAUCGAACAUCAUUUCCACGCGUUGCAACACAACUGUCUGAGAUAGAUAGAAAUCGACAUGAACAAGAAGAUUACCAUACCUACAGCUUUACUAGAUAACGUUAACCGUCGUCGAGAACAGCUUCGCCAAGGCCAGCGCGCUCACCGCGAACGCAAAAACAGACGGGUAAAGGAUCUCGAAGCACGUGUUAAGGAACUAGAGGCAACCGUGUUGGAUCUUGAAAGUCAGCUUCGAUCAGCUCGUACCCUAGAAUCCAGCCCGCAUUCCCUUAGUGGUAUCGUCACCAACGAGAACGUCGCUACUACCCCGCUGUCAACUUAUAUUCCCCCUCUGGACUUCGCAGCUCUAGGCGCAAUAGAAACCUCUUGUUCUGAGCUCCCAUCAUUAUGUUUAUUAGGCGAGAGAGACGUUUCAAUCCCCAACUAUGACGUGUCCAUGUCUUUGGCAGAGACGACAGAAGCUCAAGAUGCACCAACAAUACUAGCUACCCUUCCUACAGAGUCUCUAGCUCUUCAUCAACGUCUUGAGUACCGCACAGUCCAACGAACCUUAGAAUACAUCCUCACAUACGACCUCGCGAGCCUCAACCGUGUGUUUAUGUUCCACGUAAACGACCCCAGCAUACGGCAUUCGUACAUGCAUCCCGAAGCCAGCGAGGCCAACAGACUACUCAGCACUGUUCUUCUACGAGGCUAUUUUGCUUUCGAGUGGCCGCCCGUGAUCAUUCCGUUGGCGGAAGAGGCGUUAACCAAGCAGGGCAGCUAUAUGGAUGCUCGUCAGGUGGAGAGCUAUUUAACGACUUUCAAGGAGGCGUAUCCCUUAUGUCUGAGCCUACGAGCGGAUGAUUUUAUAGCGAGUUUGUCUAGGCUAGCAGUGUGUUUUGGUUGGCACGGGCCGUACUUCACAGUUCAGGAUGUGGUGGAGUGUGCUAGGAGGAUUAGCUAGUGAUGUGUAAAUGGUAGUGUCACAUGA